AUGUCCCGCCUUGAAAUGGUUUAUUUGAUGCAAAUCUCGUUGUACUUACCGACAAUGAAAGAUGUUUUGACAUUCAUCCAAAUCAGUCACAAUGCACAAAUGGCGAUCUCCUCAUUAAAAGUGAAUCCUUGGUUCACUACAAAAGAAGACAUUGAAGAGUUCUGUACUAUUUAUUCGCCCGACACGGUGAAUUGCAACACUUUCAUGAUACGUUCCGAUGUCUUAAAGAAAGCAACUUUUGUAAGAAACUAUGUGAUACCACCCUCUCCACGUGAUGGUAUUCCAUUUUGUGAAAAGUUCACAACACUCAGCUUGUUACCCAGUUUUGCACCAAACCCAGCACAUGGCGACUUUUCACGUGCAUUUGAGUGUGUUAUCACGUCUGUACCAAGUGUUAAAUUGGAAUUAUCGACAUUGGUAUAUCUCCUCGACUUCUACGAAACGAAGAUAACAGACAAACAACACAUCCCUUUCAUCAAAAAAGUGUUUCUCUAUUUCUCUGAAAAUAAUAUUGGAUUUAAUAUUUUUCUCAAUAAGCAUGGAAAUCUCCAAUUACACGAACUUAUUGAAAUUUUAAGAAAGGAAUAUUCCUGUGAUAUUACAAUCGACUGGACUCAUGCAAAACAAUACCUUAGUAGCGCCAAAUUUACACCAAAGUCGAAAAAUUACUCCAAUGUUAUUGACUUGAACUUCCUGGAUGACAUCACCCCAAUAUGUGUAAAAGGAGAGCUUGCUUUUAUGACAGAAGGUUUAAAAAAUGAAAGAGGGAAUGAAAAAAUCGCACAAACACUUGAAAUGUGCCACGCUACAAUAGUGAAACUUAUUGGUUCUUCUUGUGACUUAACAACUUUGGUGUUGCCAGAGUGUGUAAACACACUUCUAUUAAUUGCAGACAGAUCUCAAAUGAAUGACUUAAGAAAUGAGUUUCAACCAAUUAUUCUGCCAAAGAAUUUGCAUGUUAAUAAGUUGCAUGCAAAAAAUUUAACAAUUGAAUGUAAAAAUACCAACGAAACAGUGAAAUACAUUGAAUUACAAAAUGCUGGAAUUUUAAAUAAUACUAAAGACAUGAAAAACAAAAGAAAAUGGGAAGACCAAAACGACUUUCCAUUUGUAAAUGUCGAAAAGUUGAAAAUAUCGUUUUUACCUUUAAAGUGCAGUCUUGAAAAAUUGAAACAUUUGAAAUUUUUGAAUUUAAAAUCUUUAACCAAAUCGGCAGUUUUUGUGAACAAAAAUGCAGCACAAAAUUUACAAAUUGAAUACUUAAACAACUGUAAGUUUCUCAUCGACGCGGAGGAGAAAAAGGAUUUCUUCUUUGAAGAUUGUGAAAGUCUCAACUUGGUGUUUUUAAACGAUAAAACUUUGGAUUUGAAGUUAAGUAAAUGUGUGAACCCAAAAAUAACAAUAACUAAUGAAAUUCACUCACUUGUAUUAGAUAAUUGUACAAAUGUCGAAUUGCAACAAAACGCGAUCAUAGAGAAACUCGUUGUUCUAAAAUCAAAUUUUGUUGAAUUUUCUCAAAUUAGAGCGAAAAAAGUUUGUCUGGCGAGUAUUUCCGAGUUCGUUCCAAUCGAUUUUGAGCAAACUGAAACUGUUUUACUUUCAAAUGUCAACAAUUUUUCAUUUGAAAACAUUUUCAAAAAUUGUACCACUUUGGACGUCGAAAAUUGCGACAGUUGCACGUUCAUUUUUGAUUCCGACAAAUUAGAACGUAUCACUGUCAUCUCUUCGAAGAAUUUGAAAUUUGCUGGCAACUACAGCAAACUUGAAAUUUGUGAAGUUUCGACCGAUUCAAAAAUAGAUUUCCCAAACACCGAAAAAAUGACAGUUUUGGCAGUUCCUAAAGACCAACAAAAGGUUGAAACAUUAAAAAUUGAAGAGUUUAAUAGAGUUUGGAAUGCGAAGUUAAAAACAAUUAAAUUAAAAAAUAAUGAAGGGUGUUUCUUUGAUUCUGGAUCUGGUGUUGAUUUGAAAUUUAAUCAACGAACUUAUCAAAAAAUCGAUAUAAUAAAGAGAGAUAUUUUGUUCAGCAAUUACAUUUCACAAGAAAACACGUUCAUUCGAUUUGUACCAAAAAUAGAAUCACUUGAUGUUCUUAAAAUCGAAAAUUACGUUGGGUAUAUGCCGAACUUUUGGGGUGUUAUUGUUGGCACUUUUAUCGUUGAAAAUUACAUUGGUGAAAAACCAUAUAACAAAAUCAUUUAUCCAAUAAUCUCCGCUUCGCACUUGGUGCUUACCAAUUGCAAACUUAUUGAUUUCAUUUUUGAUAGAACAAUGAAAAGUAUGACGAUAAGCGAUUCCACGGGCAUGUGUUGUGAUUACAAAACCACUGGAAAAAUGGACAAAGUUAUUUUCAAAAAUUCAUCGUUUAGCUUUCAGAAUUUUGAACAACGGGAUUUUGGUAGCAAAGACAUCGAAGAGUUGGUGAUAGAGAACAGUGUUGUUGGGUCAG